UAAAAAAUGAAAACCUAAAUCCCUCUUCAUCAUCUCAAAAAAUAAAACCUAAAUCCCGUUGAUUUAAAGUUUAUUUCACUUGUCUCAACAACAAUAGAUACAAAUCUCUCCCCUCGGAAAAAUAAUGUUGCUGGCAGUGCUGAUUUCCAAUUCCGAGGGCAACAUUCUUGUUGAAAGGUUCAAUGGAGUUCCGGCUGAGGAGCGAUUACAUUGGCGAACUUUCUUAGUUAAGUUGGGCACCGAGAACCUCAAAAAUGCUAAGAAUGAAGAGCUCUUUGUAGCUUCACAUAAAUCGGUCUAUGUUGUGUAUACCGUGCUUGGAGACAUUCACAUCUUUCUAGUUGGCAAGGACGAGUAUGAUGAACUUGCUCUAUCUGAAGUGAUUUUUACUAUCACGACGACUUUGAAGGAUGUAUGUGGUAAACCUCCAAAUGAGCGCUUAUUCCUGGACAAAUACGGAAGGAUCUGCUUAUGCCUUGAUGAAAUCGUUUGGACGGGUGUUUUGGAGAACACUGACAAAGAGAGAAUCAAAAGACUUGUGAGAUUGAAGCCCCCAACGGAGUUCUAGACAAGAUUUAGCUCAUUCAUGGAAAAAGGUGAAUUAUAGACCUUUUGGAUGAAUGAUCAAAGAUAAUUAUUAUAUUGUAAUGUUGUACUUCCUCCGUUCCAUUAUACAUACUACUGAUAAUGAUAUUUUCCCAUACAAGAUACAUGUUAUAAUUGAGUGGGAGUAUUUCAGAACGGGAAAAUAUGUUAAAAGAAAAAUGAUGUUUGGACAAGUACUAAGAUUUUUGUUAGGGGUUAAGUUUUUGUGUUGUUGCUUCUCGCUUAUGCUAACAAUUCUUGAUUGUUGUUGUGCUUGACUUUUUAGUUAUUGUCAUUAUUUAGGCAAAUCUAUGUUACUUUCUAUUGACCUUAAUUCAUAUAUGUAAUAAUAAUUUCUAACAAGAUCUUAAUAUAUUUUAAUUUAUACUCUUUUCU